GCACUGAGGUUAAAGGGGAGGUUCUCAGCAGCCAGCAGCUCGCUCACUCUCUUAACAAUUUGGGACAAACACUGCUCUACUGUUAAUGAAAAUAGGCUCCUGGCCCCUUCCUGCCAUUCAAUUCUGAACGCAUCGCCGAACAAGGGGGAAAGCCAAGGAGCUCUGUUAAAGAUUGUUGUGUGGAAGCAGGAGAACCCACAGGAGAGAUCAUGUGCUCAGUGACAUUGGGGCGGAUUUGUACAUUUCUACUUCUUGUUUGCUUUCUGAAUGACGGGAAAUGCGAAAGAGACUUCCAAUUCUGUGGUGUUAGAAAGCACAGCAAUGAGACUCAGAAGCUCCAGCUGAACGUGACGCGAGGCUGCCACGGUCUGAGCAUCUCAAGCACCGUGGAUACCCUGUUCAUUGGAGGAGAGCUCACUAUCAGCUGUGUGAACACAUCCAGCAUCAUCCUGCCCCAGGUCUCAGGGCUGGAGACUCCUUUCUGUGUGUACUGGGACGGGUUCCUGGACUUACUGCGGCUCGAAUACAACACAACUAGAAAUUUUACUCUCUGUGGUCCUUCGACUCCGCAGACCAAUUGUUGCACCGACUUAUCCUUAAACAAGAACAGUGGCAGUAAAGAUGUUGGGAUUCUCAAUGGAAGUGUACGUGGAGAUAUUAUUAAAGAGAAUGCCCAGGAAUUAUAUAUCUUCAAAGGGGAAAGCGAUCGAUGUGACAACGCGGUUUGUGAAGACCUGUUAAACACCAGAAAUGGACAAACAGCUAUGAAAUCGGGGCGAGAGGAUGAGUUGGAGAGGUUACUGAUGCAGUCAAAGUUCACGAGAGACAUGCAACACUUCGAACUGCCCUGUGGGAUCCAGACAACAGCCUUUAUAUUGGAACCUGAUUUUAAGGGCAAUACCGUGGUGCGACAGAAAGACAGUGUCCCUGGCAUCAACAAGCCCCCCUCCGUGUACAUCCCCCCCACUCUGCUGGGAAACAAACCCAGGGCACGGAAAGCACCAAAAGUUGUCUGUUCAUUUUAUAACAACAACAGCCUUUUCCAGGACAAAAACAGCAUGAUUUUAAACGGGGAUGUCGUUGGGCUGACGGUUGAAAACGAAGUCAUCGCAGGCCUCGUUGAGCCAGUGGUUUUUACCUUUUUUCACAAGAAGCAACCAGAGAAUAUGACGAGAACAUGUGUUUUCUGGGAUGGGCUGCCACAUGAAGGGAAAAUGUUUUGGAAUGAAUCCGGUUGUAAAACUUUGGAGAGUGACACUCAAACUGCAUGUCAUUGCGAUCACUUGACCUAUUUUGCAGUGCUGUUGCAAAUUUCUAAUAAGACUGUGCACAAUCUGGAAGCCCAGACACACAUCACCUACAUCGGAUGUGUGACCUCUGCCUUGUGCUGCGUUCUCACUAUCGGGCUGUUUUUGUGUCAGAGGAAAUCCACUUCCAACAAAUCCAGCUUGAUCCACAUGAACCUAGCCGUGGCUCUGCUCCUGCUGAACGUCAGCUUUCUUUUAAAUAUGACUCUGGCUUCUCUGUGUAAUGAAAGAGUGUGCACCUUGCUGGCCUUCAUGCUGCAUUACUCCCUGCUCUGCUCCUUCACCUGGAUGGCAAUCGAAGCCUACAAUGUCUACAGGCUGCUGUGUAAGGUGCUUAGCACGUACACGAGUCAAUACAUGCUCAAGCUCUGCCUUGCGGGCUUUGUUCUCCCUGCUGCUCUUGCCAUUGGAUUAGCUUCAGGGGGGUUUUAUGGUUCGUAUCUCAUCACAUCCUCAACAGGCACUGAAACAACAAUGUGCUGGAUACUGGAACCGCUGGUCCAUUACAUCGCAAACGUUGGGUACUUUGCUGUGAUUUUCCUCUUCAGUACCUCCAUGUUGGUGGUUACAGUCGUCAAGAUCAAACAUGCAGAGAAACAGAAAUGCACUCCAGAGAGGAGCUCCUGGAAGCUGGUCUCCUCGGUGCUGAUGCUCACCUGUCUGUUUGGAACCACCUGGGGGCUGAAUUUCUUCUCCUUCACCUUUACUGGACAGCUGUUAUCCACCAUCCUAAACUCCCUGCAAGGUUUCUGCCUUUGUGUGCGUUACUUCCUUAUGAGACCCAAACAAGGCACCGAUGGAUCCAGGUCAAGCAAGUUUUUGUUGGGUUCUUCAUCCAGUAAUGCUGCAGAAUCGAAAUCACUGAACUCUUAGUAGUGCAAGCACAUGUGCAUCUUCAGCAGAGAUCAUGCUACGCUGUGUGUUAAAUGCAUCUGUUGCCACUAGGCCUACAAUAGUAAAUAUGAUAGCAUUUGAAUAGAAAUACAUUGUUAAACCCUUAAAACACACAAGCAGAAAAUGGCAUUAUCAAGCCCCAGAAUUCCGACUGAAGAGAUUCCGUUUCAGCAUUUUUAAAGCUCUUUAGUUGUGCAAUGUGCUGAGGCCUUUUACUUCUCUUUUCUAUCAGCGGUAUGCUGUCUUAAGCUAUCUAACAUUCUACAUGCAAUAAAUGUUUUUGUUUAACGGUGGGGGACGGGGGGACAUUUUUAUUAGUUUUUUCACUGUUAAGUUUUACCUAUUAUUUGUGUAAAUUAAAUUUAUUUUUCAGUUAUUGUUUGAAUAAAAAUGGUUGUUGUCUUAAUAAUAUAUAUAUUUUAAUAAAGUUUAUAAGUAUGGUA